AUGGCUGGCUGCUGGAGCCUGCUCGCUGCUCUGCUGUUCAUCCACUCCACAACUACAUUCAAACUGGUGUGCCACUUUUCCAACUGGUCCCAGUACACGACAGGAUUAGGCAAGUUUAUGGUGGAGGACAUAGACCCUUUCCUGUGCACACAUGUGGUGUAUAACUUUGCUGUUAUCAACCAUGACAACAAGCUCACAGGAAAUGAGUGGGCCGAGAAGAGCAUCUACCAGCAUUUAGCUGGACUUAAAAACAGAAACUCUGAGCUUAAGACUCUGCUGUCAGUGCAAGAGAGGAGCGCCAGUGAGCCACGGUUUUCCAAAAUGGUGUCCAGUGCAGCCACUCGUCAGACCUUCAUCCAAUCGACAGUCACUUUUCUGAGGGCACAAGAUUUUGAUGGUCUGGACUUGGACUGGAAUAACCCUGGAAACAAUAAAUACAAGUUCACUCAGCUGUGUAAGGAUCUGCUGCAGGCCUUUGAGAAUGAGAGCGUUGGAACAGAAAGACCCAGACUGAUGCUGUCUGCUUCUCUGACCCCAAAAACAGAUGUCAUCUCCUUUGACCACUACGAAGUCACAGAGUUAGCGAAAAUUCUGGACUUCAUCAGUGUGAAAACGCUUGAUCUCAGUCAUGGUGCAGUAACAACCCACCACAGCCCACUCUAUAGCAACGACAAUGCCACCAUAGAUUUUAUCACACAGUACUUGCUGGACCUAGAGAUUCCUGCAGAGAAGUUGUUGCUAGGAUUCCCUGCUUACGCUCGUUCAUACACACUCUCCACUGAAGCAUCUGGUCCUGGAGCUCCUGUGAGCGGACCAGCCUAUCCAGGCCCAUUCACCCAAGAGAUGGGCUUCUGGUCUCACUAUGAAACAUGUGCCUUUCUACAGGGGGCUUCGGCCUACUGGAUUGACAGUCAGAACGUGCCCUAUGCUGUCAAAAACAAUCAGUGGGUGGGCUUUGACAACCAGAAGAGCUAUAGUGCAAAGGUGACGUACCUGAGGAACCAGUAUUUGGGAGGUGCCGCCGUGUGGAGUCUAGACUUUGACGACUUCAAUGGAAGAUUCUGCGGUCAAGGCUAUUAUCCUCUGAUCUCCCAUCUGAAAGCGGAACUUGGGAGAGAAUCAAAUAACACAACUACAAUUGAACCAGAAAACCCGAAAACCCCGAAAACUACAAGCAGCCCGCACAGCUCCAUCAGCCCAGUGAGGAACAGCAGCAGUGGGAUAGUGGACCCCAUCUGCAUCAACAACAUCACAGUGGAGCACCCAGACCCCAGUCUAUGCAAGGACAAAGCAGACGGGCGCUACCAAACAAAGCAGGAGCCUCCCCUCAUUUAUGUCUGUGCCCUGGGAAAAGCAUACGUCACAGAAUGUACCACAGUGCACAGCCAGAGUGCCACAGCAACACCAGGCGGACUCCUGCUCAACCUUUUCCUCACCAGCACAUGGUCUGUGACUGACAUAGACGUACCAGGGGGCGGGUCACGCAUGACUGUCCGGGAGAGGAGCACUGUUCUCGGAUGA